UUGAGAUCUAAAAGUGCAAAUUUCAUUCGCCCAUAAACAACAGAGUUGAACAAGUACAUAAUCCAGUUGGUUGUCAAAUACUGAGGUCACUUUCAUUCUACACCAAAAGGCAGUUUUAUCCUUUGUGCGGGUUAUCAAUCCUUCGGUACGAGGCACACCACGCCAUGUUUGCUUGCUCUUUUUUAAGUCUGUUCAAGCGCACGAAAAUGAUUGUGAUGGCGCAAAGCAAGAACUUCCACUCGCUUUCUCCAGUCCCUGAAAAGUUCGGAAAAUUAAUCCACGCGCAUCGCGCGUCACAGGCGUUGUUUACUGCGGUCGAUCUGGGAAUCUUCGAUACUUUUAGUAAAUCAUCAACGCCUUUGUUCGCUGAAGACAUAUCGAAACGCGUGUCUUCGAACUUGGAUGCUACCACACGCCUUUUGGACAGCCUUGUUAGCUUGGAACUUUUGGAAAAGACAGACCAAAAUGGUUCGUGGCAGUAUAACAAUUCCAAGAUUGCCAGUGACUUUCUAACCUCGACUAGUCCCGAAUCUUUGGUAGAUUUCAUAACGGUGGAACGCGAAAAAGUUGUUCCCAUGUUUUGCAACCUAACAAGUGCGAUUCGCGAAGGUAAGAGUCAGUGGAUAAGGACAUUUGGAAAGACGUCAGAGGAGUUGUGGAAAGGUCUGUAUGACAACAAGGAAGCUACGAUACGCUUCAUGGGCGCUAUGCACAGCUCUUCACUCCAAGGCUGUUAUGCAGUUGCAGAGGCCUUUGAUUUAAGCGAGUUUACGAGUUGCUGCGAUUUGGGUGGAGCCGUAGGGGCAAUGGCUUAUGCUCUGUGCCAUCACAAUCCCCAAAUGAAGAUAACAGUUUGUGAACAGCCAAUUGUCGUGAAAUAUGCCCCACACUUUAAGCCGUCAUCGGAAGAUUGUCCGAAUCAAGGGAAUGUUUCUUUCUUAACCGGCGAUUUCAUCGAGGAUGAUUUACCAAAGGCUGAUCUGUAUGUAAUAAGCCGUACGCUUCACAACUGGUCCGAUGAAAAAGUCGACUUGAUCCUAUCAAAGGUCUUCGAUUCUUUACCCUCAGGUGGUGGUCUUCUUGUUUGUGAACAGAUUUUACAGGACGACAAAAGUGGUCCGGAGAAUGCGUUACUCCAGUCACUGAACAUGUUACUGUUAUGCGAAGGAAGGGAAAGAUCAUUUACGGAAUACCAGCAGCUUUUGGAAAAACACGGUUUUGUGGAUUUUCAGGCGAAACAAGUUAGCUUUUAUAUGGAUGGGAUUUUAAGCAGAAAGGCUUAAACACUAUGCAAGCAUGAUAUGACAUUGAAAACUUUGAUCCCUAUGAGUGACCAGCAUCUAGUUUCUCCUUACAAUAUCACCCCUG